AUGGCUAUGGUUGAAGUAGCGGCUCCCACACUCCCGGCCCCACUCAAUCCCAACCCCCUCCCGCCAUACUACACUAUGGCCUCCCCACCCCUCCCAGCUUCACUAUUCUUCACUCCAACAAAAGAGUUCCCACACCUUACCUCCCCAAUUCAAAUGGACCCCAUCCCCAUAAACUUCGGAAUCGACAUUGAUUCCCUGCACCCAUCCCUACAAACAUCAAAACCACCACCCCCAGCGUCUCAGCCCCCAAGCAACUCAACUAAAUCCACUAAACGCCAAGACAAUGCACAUCUAGCCUGCCCCCUGAAAGCUCACGAUCUAACAAAAAGCAAUGCGACAAAGCCACCCUACCCCAAGCCCAAGACAAUAAGCUCAUACUACUAG